CGCGCUGGGAAAUAGAAGAUACUCUAACCUUCACAGAGAGAGAAAGUAGAGAGAGAGAGAGAGAGUGAGAGUGUGUGGGUCUAGGGACGGGGGGGUUUUUCUCUGUGAAGGAGGUUGGGAUUCUAGGGUUUCGUGACAAGAGGGAGAUGGGGGAGAGGCUCACCGGGAAAGUCAAGUGGUUCAGCGACCAGAAGGGGUUCGGCUUCAUCACCCCCGACGACGGCGGCGACGAUCUCUUCGUCCACCAGUCCUCCAUCCGCUCUGAGGGCUUCCGCAGCCUCGGCGACGGCGAGUCCGUCGAGUUCCAGAUCGAGUCCGACGGGGGCCGCACCAAGGCCGUCGACGUCACCGGGCCCGGUGGGGCUUCCGUCCAGGGCAGCACCCGCGGCGGCGGGGGCGGCGGCGGAGGAGGAAGGGGCAGUCGCGGAGGCGGCGGGUACGGCGGGGGCGGGGGCUACGGCGGUGGCGGCGGGGGCUACGGCGGUGGCAGCGGGGGCUAUGGCGGUGGAAGCAGGGGCGGACGAGGCGGCGGGGGAUACGGAGGGGGCGGUUACGGGGGCGGCGGAGGUGGAUACGGCGGCGGUAGCGGAGGAGGUGGUGGUUGCUACAACUGCGGGGAGACUGGGCACUUGGCGAGAGACUGCUACCAGGGCAGCGGAGGUGGAGGCGGCGGCGGACGGUACGGUGGUUCCUCCGGCGGCGGCGGCGGAGGAGGUGGGAACUGCUUCAAGUGUGGGGAGCCAGGGCAUUUCGCAAGGGAGUGUCCUCAGGUCGGUGAAUAGAGCUCCCGAACGGGGCUCAUCUUUUCACCCCGAGCCUAGACUCUCCUCUUGACAUCUUUAUCCGUUCGGUUGUGUGCGCGUGACUUUUGCUGCUAGGGUUCUUUUGUUAAUGCAAUGCGUUUCAUGUGACAACAUUGUUGUUGUGUUUAGGACUAUGUUUUUCUCUUGGCAAAUCGUCUUUUUAUUUUAAUCGUUUUUUUUUUUUACUUUGUUAAAUGCUGUUGGGUGUGGUGCAAUGAUGUUAAUCUGUGUAGGAUUAGGUCCUUUAAUGCACCAAUCUAAUUGACAGUUCGUCCCCUGUUU